AUGGAGGAGUGCGCUUGCCUCUGCGGCCUGGGCUCUUCGCCGGGAUGUCCGUGUCGUCAGAAGCGCCAGCGCCCAGCUGAGACUGCAGUCGCUGAUGGCAAGCAGGCCCAGGAAGACAAGCACGUGGAGGGGGACGCGGCGGCGCGGUGCUGUGCGGGGAGUGGAGGAAUCCCGAGCCCCACGCCGCCCCCGCCGCCCCCGCCGGCCCCGCACUGCUCCCUGCAGGACCUGCCGGUGGAGAUGCUGGUGGCGAUCUUCGCCUGCGUUCCCGGCACCGACCUCAUCUGGAGACGGCGCUGCCGCGAGGAGUUUGGCGUUCGUGAAAACCUGCAGAACCUGGAGAUGAUCGGUAUGUCUUAUCGGGAAGUCUAUGCGAAGCUGUUCCCAUACAGACACAUUUUGGGACUGUGGCAGCUAGAUACCGAGCACUAUAGAACACUAGUGAAUGUCGCGGUGGACGGCUUAUGCAUUACUGGUUGGAAAUACAGGCCUUCCCUUCACACCCAUGAGGGCGGCCCAAUACAUUUCAGGCCCUCGUUCAGAAUUCGCCCGACGAAGAGGAAAUCAGCCAAGGUGGAGUGCAUGGAGGGCCUCGACAACAGGCCCCACCACCGCCACAUGCAGAUUCGGAAGGACAGGUUCACGACCCAGUGCAAGAACACAGACCACGGAACGCAUUUACCCAGGCGGCUUAGGGAAGAGGGGGGGCGGGUGGUGGAGGAGAGACAGCGGUAUAACUGGCUGACCUACCGCCGCCUCUACCUCCCGCCGCGCCACCCGGACGACCUCAUCAGGCCUGGCCUCUUCCAAUACUACUACGAUGCCUUCCACCUAAAGAUCGCCAUGCUCAGCUUCCAUGGGAAGUAUGCCAGGGUCACCAAGAUCACGGGAGUCUCCAAGAAGACGUUAGAGAUCCACCUCACGCGCCGCAUCCAGCUGCGAGAUGGCGAGAUCUUCCGCAACUUCAAAGAGCUCUCCCGUGUGGUCCAGGAGAUUGACAAGCAGGUGAUCCGGGAGCAGCAGCAGCAGCAAGAACGUGGGACUGAGGAAAGCCAGGGCCAUGGCUGGCAGAGCCCUGCCUAG